GCGUACACCGCAAGAAGCCCAGCCAGGCGGAGUUAACCACUCUGCAUAAAAACUAGCUCCUUCGGAGUUCUUUAUUCAGUUUAAACCUCUCCUCAACAACAAAAAAUCACUUCGGCUGAACAGUCCUUUAAUCAUGGCACUGGCUGGGGUUAGAGUUAUUGAGCUGGCAGGCCUGGCACCCGCGCCCUUCUGCGGCAUGAUCCUGGCAGACUUUGGCGCCAAGGUGAUCCGUGUGGACCGGACCAAAGUUCCUGUGUCUUUGGACACACAAGCGCGGGGGAAACGAUCUGUGGCCAUCAACCUGAAGACCACGGAGGGUAUAGCUUUGCUCAGGAAGCUCUGCAUAAAGUCUGAUGUGGUCCUGGAGCCGUAUCGCAAAGGUGUUAUGGAGAAACUUGGCCUUGGUCCACAUGAGCUAUUAAAGGAAAAUCCUCGGCUGAUCUACGCUCGCUUGACUGGAUAUGGUCAGAGUGGAUCUUAUGCCACCGCAGCUGGGCAUGACAUCAACUACAUUGCCAUGUCAGGCCUUUUAUCCCGGCUGGGUCGCAGCGGAGAGAAGCCUUACGCUCCACUGAAUCUGUUAGCAGACUUUGGAGGCGGCGGUCUUACGUGCGCUCUGGGGAUUGUCCUGGCGCUGCUGGAGAGGACAAAGUCAGGGAAAGGACAGAUCAUUGAUGCUAGCAUGGUGGAAGGAGCAGCAUAUAUGGGUUCGUUUUUAUGGAAAUCUCGUAGUAUUGGUUUGUGGAACCGGUCUAGAGGAGAAAAUAUGUUGGACAGUGGAGCUCCCUUCUAUGAUACCUACCAGACUUCGGAUGGACAGUUCAUGGCUGUUGGUGCCAUUGAACCUCAGUUCUACAAACGGCUGCUUAAAGGCUUAGAGUUGGAUGCUGGAGAGUUGCCUUCUCAGAUGAGCUUUGAUGAUUGGCCGGAGCUCAGACGAAUCUUCACAGAGCGUUUUGCCUCAAAGACCCAGGCGGAGUGGUCAGAGAUUUUUGAUGGGACUGAUGCCUGUGUUACACCUGUGUUGUCUUUCGACCAGGUGAGCUCACACCCACAUAACCGGGAAAGAGGCUCUUUCAUGAAGGACUCCAGUGGGGAAGAAAGCCCCCGACCAGCCCCGGUUCUGUCUCGCACUCCUGCUGAGCCUUGCCUCACCUCCGACCCCGUUACUGGAGAACACACGGCUGAGGUCCUACAGGAGUACGGCUUCACAUCCCCACAGAUAGACCAGAUGCUGUCAGCAGGAGUCAUAGAGUGCAAUGCUGUGAAGGCAAAGCUGUAAACAAACAAUCAAAACAGUCAAGUUAUAAAUGUUUGAAAAUCACACAGUGGCACCAGCUUUUAAGAUUUGAAGGAAUCAGUGAUUAACCAUGUGAUUGUCAUACUGGAUAUAAACAACUGAUUUGGAUAAAGCAAAGCUACAUGCAGAGCACAUUUGAGUGACUAACAGUAAGAUCUGCCAUUCGGAUUAUGUCUAACACAACUGUGUACAAAUCAAAAUAAAAGAGAAACUAAGAAAAUUAUUAUUUUCUUUUCAUAAGCUAGGAUUUCAACCUCAAGAACUUGAAAUAUCGCUUAACUUCCACCUUUUAAAUUUGUUCUCCAAGGCCACAGGAGGCUGCUGUGUACAAAGUAAACAAAGAUUUUUACUAAUUCA